AUGCUUCGUGGUGCAGACAAGAUAAUUCAUUUGCAGGGUGGUACCAGUAAAUCUGUUGAGGACUGGAAAAUUUUUGCGAUAUGCAAUAACUGCCCUCAGAAGAACCAAUGCUCGCAGCCAGCGCUUGCAUUAAUCUUCAAGAAACCAUCAUAUAUGCUGAAUAAUUCGGCGCCGGAGCGCGAGAGUUCGUUGCUGCCGUCAGAAAACAAUCACUUUGCUUACUUUUUGGAGUGCACCCCAAUAAUUGAGCUGCAUGCUGAUGAUCUCUUAUGUCAGGUAGUUCGGAUAUUAAGGAAUAAUGACACCAGCGGCUUCCUGCUGCCCAAGGCACUUCUGAGCAGUCCAGCCACUGCAGUGAAGGUGAUCGCCAUUCCGGCUAAAGGUCUUAAGUAA